GGUUUGGUCAUUUCCCACACUUCCCUCCCUCCCCCUGCUUGUCAUUCAUAAGAUUCCGUGGAGUUUCCUCAGAAGAGGAGGGGCUCUCCUCUCUCCUCUCCUCUCCUCUCCAGUCUUGCACCUCACGCUGUGAAAUAUCCAGCCAGUCUACCAAUAAACAGCCUCUGACAGUGCGGUUGGCAGCAGCAGCAGCAGCAGCCGGAGUAACAGCCCUGACAGACACUGUGUGUGUGUGUGUGUGUGUGUGUUUUUUUUUUUCCCUUCCUGAGCUUGAUGGUAGUGAGCUCUACGUGCCGGAGGCUUCCCCGGAAUGGACUCUUUGCAGCCCGCCGCGGUUUGAGGCGCGCUGGGUGUCAGAGAGCGUAGAUCCAGCCGACCUCUCUGCGCACGGAUCCCCCGCCAUGAGGGGGGGACGAUGGAGCGUGCAUCCUCGCUGCUCUGAUGUGUGAUCAUUAUCGCACCAUUCAACACUGAGAGAUCUCCUGCGCGCGUUUUCCUACCUGUGUCCAUCUUGCAUGCACACACUGACAUGCACGGUGUUAGGGACUGUGACAACACUUCACCCCUCAAGUAGCACAGCGGUGACCAGAGGAUGCCUCUUCCGCGCCUGCCGCUGACAUCCCGCCAGCCCUCUUAACGAACCCGCGGGGAUAGCGGGGGCUGAUCCGACAAUGAAUAGCGGGAGCCGGGCUGCGACGGUCGGGGACGGUGCCGCCAAUUUCACAGCAGCAGCCCACCUCAGGCUGGAGCUCCUGAACGCGUCGAGCCCGCCGACCCGGUGGGACGGCAGCCCACCCGCCGAGGGGAGCGGGCUGGAAGAGCAGCAGCGCCUCGUCCGAGAGCAAGCCUACCGGGACUUCACCACCACCAUUCAGAUCUUCAUCCUCCUAAGUUCGCUGCUGGGAAAUGCCACGGUGUUGUGGUGCACCUGCUGCACGAACGUCUUUAAAUCCGUGACCAACCGCUUCAUCAAGAACCUGGCGUGCUCGGGGAUCUGUGCCAGCCUGGUCUGCGUUCCCUUCGACGUUGCACUGGGAGCCAGCCCUCGCUGCUGCUGGUGGCUGCACACUCUGCUGCUCUGCAAGGCCAUCAAGUUCCUCCACAAACUCUUCUGCUCCGUCACCGUGCUCAGUUUCAGCGCCAUCGCGCUCGACAGAUACUAUUCUGUGCUGUACCCGUUAGAGAGGAAGAUCUCUGAUGCAAGAUCCCGAGAUCUGGUCAUCUAUAUCUGGGUCCACGCUGCCGUGGCGAGCCUCCCUGUGUUUGCUGUGACCAAUGUGACAGACGUGUACGUCACCUCGUCCUGCUCCGAUGACCAUGCCCGCUCCCUGGGCCACAUGGUGUACGUGCUGAUCUACAACGUCACCACACUGAUCCUCCCGCUCGCUCUGGUUUUCCUCUUCAUGCUGCUGAUCCGCAGAGCGCUCAGUGCCAGUCAGAAGAAGAAGGUGAUAAUCGCGGCGCUGCGGACUCCCCAGAACAGCAUCUCCAUCCCGUAUGUGUCCCAGAGAGAGGCUGAGCUACACGCCACUCUGCUGGCUGUGGUACUGGCUUUCUCAGCCUGCAGCGCCCCCUAUGGAGCAUUGGUGGUGUAUCGCACCAUCUUGGCAGACACUAAAGAGCUCCCCAUCUCACUGUAUCUGACGGCCCUCUGGCUGCCCAAGGUGUCCCUGCUCACCAAUCCACUUUUGUUCCUCACUGUUAACCGCUCAGCUCGUCACAGCUGGCUGGACCUGCUGGCAAGGAUUCACAGACGCUACAGCCGCCGUAACGUGGUCAGCACAGGAGGUCUGGCCUCUUUAGGAGCAGAGGGUGUGAUCGGGGAGCCGGUCGGACUGGAGACGGCUGGACGCUCCGGGAGCCAGCUUCUGGAGAUGUUUAACAUCGGCCAGCAGCAGAUCUUCAGGCCCUCUGAGGAAGAAGAGGAAGAAGAAGAUGUAGAGAAUGAAAUCCCUUCCCAAGGACCAGGAGGGUGCCCCGGGUCUAAAGAGGACCAUCAGGGUGGGUCGAGAAUGGGGAGCCUCAGAGGAGAGGUGAUCACCAAAAAGGACCCUCUACAGGGGACGGGUGGAGGGCUGGUCAUUACCAAGGAAGGGCCUCCUUCUGUCAUAGCACCUCGGGCCUCUCCGGUCCACACGUGUGCUUAUGCUUCCUCAUCUCAGGUGGCACCUGCUACACCCACAGAGGCUGAGGACUCCACACAGUUUGGUUUUGGACCCUUCGAACUGCCACCUCAGUGGUUACCAGAGACCAGGAACAGCAAGAAGAGGCUGCUGCCUCCGCUUGGUAACACACCGGAGGAGCUGAUCCAGACCAAACUGCCUCGGCCGAGGCCUGAACGGAGAAUCAGCCGGAACAACAAGGUGAGCACCAUCCCCACUGUGGACCCAUGAACUGUUCCUGCCGGCCAAUGAUCUGCAACACUGGACACGGCUCUUUGAUAGGGCAGGUCUCUUGGGUCAACCAGGACUUGGCAGGGUAUUGAUGUGUUGGUUCAUUGAAGCCUUUUCACUGUCUUUUCAACUUUUAUCAGAUGCAGUAGGAGCUCCAGUGUCCAGGUUUUCCACUUUACUGCACAAAAGCCAGAUGCCUGAGGCGCUGCAGCUUCCUUACUGGACAACAAUCAAUUUGAUAUCAGAUAUUUUCAAUGCUGUGAGAAAAAUGCCUGCUCAGUCCAACUGCACUGCGACUUGGACGGAUCCAAUCCCAUAAUUAGGGACUCAUGAUUUAGAGAGCAGAUCCGAUAUUGAUGAGCUGGCAUCUGGAGUUAAAUGAACACACUGUACAAAUCCAAUUAUCCUGAGAGAUGCACUGAUAUUGAGUAAUAUAUUUCCAUAGCCAAUAAUCAAGCGAGGAUAUUAAACCUCCUCACAAAGCAUUUUGUAAAAUGGUUAUGCUGUGAUUGCACUCUGUAUAUGAACACAUCUCAGUGUCGGUCCUCUCUCUUAACCCUUUGUGGGCCUGUUUUUGUAACCAUGUUUGACAAGUUGUACUUCAAAAGAAUUUGCCAUUUGCUGGCCGUUUUUUCUCAAGUCUUUUCACUUUCCUUCUAACGUGGUAGAUGUUGUCAUUUGUAUUUUAACUGUAAGUGAAUUUGAUAAGAAAAAAAUGCAGAUGUAGAGUGCAAAUGUGUGUUUAACUCUGUGUUCAAAAAAAUGGAGGAAUAUCACUGGUACGUUUGGAUAGAAGCAAGAAAGAAAGGCAAUCAUCCAGGUCAGGGAUCUGCUAGUCCUAGUGGAUCAAUUUUAUUGAUUUCUCCCAGGUUUCCUGAAUAACAAUCGCUCAUUUGAAUGACUG